UUGGGGUAUUCCCAUGGGUCCAGCGGUGCCAAAUCUACGUGUAGUAAAGUGACAAUUAAAACACGAAAAAAGUGCCUUAAGAAGGAAGUAAGAAAAGAAUUUAUGGCAAUGAACCCAGAUAGCCUACCAAGGACAGCUGAGCAACUCAAGAGAUGCUAUAAUCGCAUAAAAGUGGCAACACAGACUCUGUGAAACGGGGGUGAGCUUUCAAGACUACAGGCGGCUUCAGCGAGGGGAGUGGGAACUUCCGGACUGGCGCUGUGCACUGUGUCUUACAGCUCCUGAUUUCAACAUCAGCAGUUCUGUUCAUCAAGAGCCAGAAGUAAUGGAAGAAUUGCACACUCCUAAUCUGUCUGUGACUUCCAUUACAUCACUUGACGCGCGCCAUGAAGUACAAGCAGAUCAAGAACUCAACAUCAGCACUUCUUUCCACGUACAUCAGGAACUAGAUGAAGACGUAAUGGAAGAGGAGCACAUUCAUGAUGUCUCUCUGACCUCAAGUAUGUCAUCAGACCUGCACUACGAGGUAAUUGAAGCUGCCUCUCUGAAAGGUAAGCCACUAUUGGUGGACAGCAAUGGUAACACUUUCAACAUAAAAAGCAACAGAACUGCAGGGCCAAAAAAGACCACGUGGCGAUGUAGUGUACGAAAUAAAACCACAACGUGCAAAGCUACUGUAAUUCAAGAUGGUGAAACCUUCACAGCUGGUCUCCACAAUCACUGCCACCCCGCUCAACCAGGAAAACAGAAGGCCAUUAAGAUCGUUGCUGAUGUAAAGAAUAAGGCAAGAGAAGAUGUGUUUAGGUCAGCAGCAGCAAUUGUGGAAGAUGCAAUAUUGAAAGAAAUAAAACCUGAAGACCCUGAGGCCAGUGUACCAAAACCUGGAUUACUUAUUCGUCGGGCCAACCGACUUCAACAAGAAAUGCGUCCCGAGGAUCCAAAGGACCUUGAAUUUGACAUUUCAGAAAACUUUCUUCCACCUAACUUCCUCCAACGAGACAUUUACGUUGAUGAAGCCAGACAUUUGCUAUUCGCUAUAACCCAGCAGCUAGAAGUGCUUAAGAAGGCAAGAACAUGGUACAUGGAUGCUACUUUUGAGAUUGUUUCAAAGCCUUUUUACCAUCUGUUCUCCAUCCAUGCAUUUGUGAGAGGAGAAGACAAAAAUACGAAACAGGUACCUUUGUUAUUUGCUUUCAUGUCACGUAGACGCACCAAAGACUACAAAGCGGUCAUGAACGCUGUUAAAGAACUGAUACCAGAAAACAAACUCCAGAAGGCUGUAGCCGACUUUGAGCGGGCUAUGUGGAAAGGCAUACAAGCGAUUUUCCCUCAUAUUCAUGUGAGUGGAUGCCUGUUCCACUGGGCACAGUGUAUCUGGAGAAAGACACAGGAUCUUGGACUCGCCGUUGCGUACAAAGAGAAGGGUUCCAUACAGAGUUUCAUAUGCAAACUGUUUGCCCUGCCAUGUUUGCCACAAGAACACUUACAAGCAGCAUUUAGUAAACUGAACGAUGCUGCACCACCUGCUGUACAACCACUAUGUCAUUACAUUAGUAAAACAUGGAUUGACAGCACUCUCUGGCCGCCAGCAGCUUGGAGUGUCUAUGGGAAGUCAGUGAGAACAAAUAACGAUGUCGAAGGGUGGCACAGACGGAUUAACGAAAAAGUUCGGAACCAUUCUCACCAACUCUACAAAUUAGUCCCCCUGCUGCACCAUGAGUCACAACUCGUAACCCUGCAACUUCGCCUGGUAAGAGAGGGGAAAUUAAGAAGAUACAAGAGGAAAAGAACAACAACUACAGAAGGGAAACUAUUCAAGCUCUGGGAGAGUUAUGAGACGGGUGAAAUAUCCAUAUCUUCUCUUCUUAGGAAAUGUUCUAGGCUGCUUGGUGUGUAGGCCUAGGUGAAUUGAUUUUUAAUGCAAUAAAAUGUGUAAUUUUAGAUCUUUUAAAAAAUUAUUACUUCCUAUUGUAUUUUACGUCUCUCUAGAAGAUUGGACAUGUACAGGAGCCCCGAUUUAUAUUAUUAUAUGUAUGUAUGUAUGUGUGAGAAUUGAGAAUGUAAUAAAUACGUGUGAA